AUGCCAAAAACAAGAGCAGUCACUCAUGCUGACCUUGCCCCAAAUCCUGGAAGCACGCAUUUGGGUAGCAAAGCAGCUGCCUUCCUUAUGAUCCUGACCAUUGUCUGUUGCUUAUUUUGCUUCGUUCUUUGCAUCAUAGCUGAAGCAAAUCGUUCGCAGAUGGCAUGGGUCAUGAUCAAGUCUCACAGUAAAGAAAACAUUAACGAUAAUCUUCAGUGUAUAUACAAGGGCAGUGGCAAGACGCCAUUGCUGUGUGGUGCUAUCGCAUUUGUAGGACUAGCAUCUGCCAUGGUGUUGGAACAUAUUUACUUGUUGGUUAUUGUCAGUAAAACUCCGCCUCCGAUUGCUUGGGAUCCUGAUUCUGCUUUUACCAAGAACAUAACAUGGCAAGCAGGCUUUUUCUUCGUUACAACUUGUACUACUACUGUUCCUAACUACAGGAUAUGCUUCGCUGUUGGAGAGAUGUUGUUGUUAUUUGGGGUGGCUGUGGAAUCAGGCCAUUUGAAGGAUUGGUAUCGACCCAGGCCGAAUUGCCUCAUCGUUAAAGAAGGCUUGUUCUCUGUUGCAGGAGUCUUCGCAUUGUUAGCAGGUUUCUUUGCCUUUGGGCUAUACUUGAUUGCAUUGCGUGCACUAAGAAUGUCCAAAGUGCACGAAAACACACGGCCAGAGAUUCUUGAAGCCUCUGCGGCCUUCUACGUAUUUCCGCCAAGGUCUCUUCGACAUGGCAACAGUGCCACUGCCAGAGAGAAUCAGAAUGAGCAAACCAUCACGCCCACAACAAUAGGCACUUAA